CGCGGAGGAAGGCGAGGAGGAACCGGGGAAGCCGAAGGAGCCGGAGGAAGGAGCGCGGGCCGCGCGGCGCGCCGGAGCCUCGGUGAGCUGCCCGCUCGCCAGCCGUAGGGGCUGCCAGGCCCCCGCCCGCCUCUCGGUCCCCUCCCCCUGCCCGGCCCGCCCUGCCCCGGCCGGACUGAGCUCCGGCACACGGCAGCCCGCGGCGGGUCGCCGCGCCAGCCAAGUUGGGAUGGGGGCCCGCAGCCACCGCCUGGCGCCUAAGAGGCCACCUGCGUGCUAGAGGCAAACUUUUGUCUCCCUCGGGCUGCCCCCCAGGACCAUGAGCCGCUAAGAUGGAGACAUCUGCCUCAGCCACUGCCUCGGAGAAGAAAGAAGCCAAAAGCGCGAUCCUGGAGGCCGCCGCUUUCCCGGACCCGGGCGGGAAGGCCUCUGCUCUGGCGGUGGCCACGGCGGCGGCGGCAGCAGCGGUCGCUGCCCAAGGAGUGCCGCAGCACCUUUUGCCACCGUUCCAUGCGCCCUUACCGAUUGACAUGAGACACCAGGAGGGAAGGUACCAUUACGAGCCUCACUCAGUCCAUGGCGUGCACGGGCCUCCUGCCCUGAGCGGCAGCCCUGUCAUCUCCGACAUCUCGUUGAUCCGGCUUUCCCCCCACCCCGCCGGCCCUGGCGAGUCCCCCUUCAACACCCCCCACCCGUACGUGAGCCCCCACAUGGAGCAUUACCUCCGAGCCGUGCACAGCAGCCCCACGCUCCCCGCCAUCUCUGCAGCCAGGGGCCUCAGCCCCGCUGACGUGGCCCAUGAGCACCUUAAGGAGAGGGGACUGUUUGGCCUCCCUGCUCCAGGCACCAACCCCUCAGACUAUUACCACCAGAUGACCCUCAUGGCAGGCCACCCCGCGCCCUACGGGGACCUGCUGAUGCAGAGUGGGGGUGCCGCCGGUGCACCCCAUCUCCACGACUACCUCAAUCCAGUGGACGUGUCACGUUUCUCCAGCCCACGGGUGACACCCCGUCUCAGCCGCAAGCGGGCGCUGUCCAUCUCCCCGCUCUCGGACGCCAGCCUUGACCUGCAGCGGAUGAUCCGGACCUCGCCCAACUCGCUGGUGGCCUACAUCAACAACUCGCGCAGCAGCUCGGCGGCCAGCGGCUCCUAUGGGCACCUGUCGGCGGGCGCCCUCAGCCCAGCCUUCACCUUCCCCCACCCCCUCAACCCCGUGGCCUACCAGCAAAUCCUGAGCCAGCAGAGGGGCCUGGGCUCGGCCUUCGGACACACGCCGCCCCUGAUCCAGCCCUCGCCCACCUUCCUGGCCCAGCAGCCUAUGGCCCUCGCCUCCAUCAAUGCCACGCCCACCCAGCUCAGCAGCAGCAGCAACUGUCUGAGUGACGCCAACCAGAACAAGCCGAGCAGCGAGUCAGCCGUGAGCAGCACCGUCAACCCCAUCGUCAUUCAUAAGCGCAGCAAAGUCAAGACCGAGGCCGAGGGCUUGCGGCCAGCCUCCCCGUUGACCCUGACGCAGGAGCAGCUGGCCGACCUCAAGGAAGACCUAGACAGGGACGACUGUAAGCAGGAGGCCGAGGUGGUCAUCUACGAGACCAACUGCCACUGGGAAGACUGCACGAAGGAGUAUGACACCCAGGAGCAGCUGGUGCACCACAUCAACAACGAACACAUCCACGGGGAGAAGAAGGAGUUCGUGUGCCGCUGGCAGGCCUGCACGCGGGAGCAGAAGCCCUUCAAGGCGCAGUACAUGCUGGUGGUUCACAUGCGCCGGCACACGGGUGAGAAGCCCCACAAGUGCACGUUCGAGGGCUGCUCGAAAGCCUACUCUCGCCUGGAGAACCUGAAGACACACCUGCGGUCCCACACCGGGGAAAAGCCGUACGUGUGUGAGCAUGAGGGUUGCAACAAGGCCUUCUCCAACGCCUCAGACCGCGCCAAGCACCAGAACCGGACCCACUCCAACGAGAAACCCUACAUCUGCAAGAUCCCGGGCUGCACCAAGCGAUACACGGACCCCAGCUCUCUCCGGAAGCAUGUGAAAACGGUACACGGCCCAGAUGCUCACGUCACCAAGAAGCAGCGCAACGACGUGCACCUCCGCGCCCCGCUGCUCAAGGAGAAUGGGGACAACGAGGCCAGUGCCGAGCCUGGCAUCCGGGGCUCUGAGGAAAGUGCCGAGGCCAGCAGCACCAGCCAGGCCGUGGAGGACUGCCUGCACGUCAAGGCCAUCAAGACGGAGAGCUCCGGGCUGUGUCAGUCCAGCCCGGGGGCCCAGUCGUCCUGCAGCAGCGAGCCCUCUCCCCUGGGCAGUGCCCCCAACAAUGACAGUGGCGUGGAGAUGCCGGGGACAGGGCCUGGGAGCCUGGGAGACCUGACAGCUCUGGAUGACAUGCCCCCGGGGGCCGAUGCCUCAGCCCUGGCCACUCUCUCCACGGGUGGCCUGCAGCUGCGCAAACACAUGACCGCCAUGCACCGGUUCGAGCAGCUCAAGAAGGAGAAGCUCAAGUCGCUCAAGGACUCCUGCUCAUGGGCCGGGCCGGCUCCACACACCCGGAACACCAAGCUGCCUCCCCUCCCAGGAAGUGGCUCCGUCUUGGAAAACUUCGGUGGCGGCGGGGGCGGCGGGCCAGCGGGGCUGCUGCCCAACCCGCGGCUGUCAGAGCUGUCCACGAGCGAGGUGACCAUGCUGAGCCACCUGCAGGAGCGCCGCGACAGCUCCACCAGCACCGUCAGCUCGGCCUACACGGUGAGCCGCCGCUCCUCCGGCAUCUCCCCGUACUUCUCCAGCCGCCGCUCCAGCGAGGCCUCGCCCCUGGGCGCCGGCCGCCCCCACCACGCCAGCUCGGCCGACUCCUACGACCCCAUCUCCACCGACGCGUCGCGGCACGCGGGCGCCGACGGCAGCCUGGCCUGCGGCGCCUACUCGCCGCGGCCGCCCAGCAUCAGCGAGAACGUGGUGCUGGAGGCCAUGGCGGCCGGGGCCGACGGCGCGGGGACGGAGGCCAGCCUCGUGCUGCCGGAGGAUGACCUCGUGCUGCCCGAUGACGUGGUGCAGUACAUCAAAGCUCAUGCCGGCGGCGCCCUGGAGGAGAGCACCCCGCAGGCCUAUGCCCCAGAAAGCUCCUGCUUCUCUGAGAACCCCAAACUGCCCAGCCCCGGGCUGCACGGCCAGCGCAGGGUGGUGGCUGCCGAUUCCAACGUGGGCCCCUCUGCCCCGGUGCUAGGAAGCUGCCAGCUGGGUUAUGGCGCCCCCUCCAACCUGAACAAAAACAGCAUGCCGGUGCAGUGGAAUGAGGUGAGCUCCGGCACCGUGGACACCCUGGCCAGCCAGGCGAAGCCUCCACCCUUUCCACAGGGCAACCUGGCUGUGGUGCAGCAGAAGCUGGCCUUCAGCCAGUACCCAGGCUACAGUCCACAAGGCCUGCAGCCGAGCCCUGGGGGCCUGGACAGCACGCAGCCACACCUUCAGCCCUGCAGCGGAGCCCCCUCUGCGCCCAGGGUAAAUUAUAUGCAGCAGCUGAGGCAGCCAGGGACAGGUGGCCAGUGUCCCAGCAUGACCACCACUGUGAGCCCGCACACCAGCUAUGGCCACGUCCACCCCCAGCUGAGCCCUGGUACCAUGGGUGGGGCCCUGAACCAGUUCUCCCCAUCCUGCAGCAACAUGGCUGCCAAGCCAGGCCACCUGGGGCUCCCCCAGCAAAUGGAAGUUGCUCUCGACCCCACCAUGAUGGGCAACAGCCGCAGGGAACUUGGGGUCCCCAAUUCCACUCUGGCUGGGAUGCCACCACCUCACCCAGCCCAGAGCUACCCACAGCAGAGUCAUCACCUGGCAACCGCCAUAAGCCAAGAGGGCUACAGCCAGGGUCCCAGCCUUCUGCAUUCCCACCAGCCUGGCUUCAUGGAGCCCCAGCAGGGCACAGUGGGGCUGGCUGGAUCAAGCUUUGGCCUAGUGCAACCCCGGCCACCCCCUGAGCCCAGCCCUGCUGGCCGCCACCGUGGGGUACGUGCUGGGCAGCAGCUCGCCUAUACCAGGGCCACUGGCCAUGCCAUGGCUGCCGUAUCAGCCAACCAGGAGAUGGCAGAGUCUGUGCCCAAAGGAGUUAUGGGCACCAUGGUGUCCCUGCCUCCUCAGCCGCCCCCACAGGACACAGGCAGGGCCCAGGACCACAACAUGCUCUACUACUAUGGCCAGAUCCACAUGUAUGAACAGGAUAGAGGCCUGGAGAACCACAUAGGCUGCCAAGUCACAAGGCCUCAGCCACCUCAGCCACAGGCCUGCCCGGAGAGCAUCCAGCCCCAGUCCUUGCCCUCGCCGGGGGUCAACCAGGUGUCCAGCACCGUGGACUCCCAGCUACUAGAGGCCCCCCAGAUUGAUUUUGAUGCCAUCAUGGAUGAUGGCGAUCACUCGAGCUUGCUCUCGGGCACCCUGAGCCCCAGCCUCCUCCACAGCCUCUCCCAGAACUCUUCCCGCCUCACCACCCCCCGGAACUCCCUGACUCUGCCCUCCAUCCCCACGGGCAUCAGCAACAUGGCCGUCGGGGACAUGAGCUCCAUGCUCACCAGCCUGGCCGAGGAGAGCAAGUUCUUGAACAUGAUGACCUAAGGCCCCAGCCCCUGACGCUGAGCGGACCUGGAGGCACCAUCACUCCCCAGAGCGUGGGGUUUUCAUUCAUUUCGUCUUUUUCCAAAAAAGUAUUAAAUAGGUAUGAGGGAGUUUUGCUGGUUCAGACCACAAACGCUUUAAGGGCAGGUUUAUGUGCAUCCUGUCUGGGCUUCUUGUGGGUUAUUUUUCGGAACACCGAAAAAAAUCUCAACAGGAAAGGCAAGGCAGGAAUGAAAACCUCGUUUACACAGUGCUUCCCAGCUUUGGUGUUUAUAGGACCGCUCUGUCCUGGCUUCUUCACCCCUGUCAUUUGGCUAAUGAGGGAUUACCUUGGCCAAGGGCUUUCCAAGUACACGAGGAAAGAGGGUCAAGGAACCACCUUACGGUUUGAAUCUGAAAGCCAUACUGGAUAUUCUCAUCCAGGAAGAUGAGCUUCUCAUUCUGGUACCUGCAAGGAAAAGAAACCCCUGGCCCACCAGAACUCUUCUCUGAAGCUUAAUUCUUGAGGCCUCGAACGUCCCUUGCCACAGAGGAAAAAAAGAUUUUACCUGGAUGGUUCAGAAGCACAUCCUAAUUCCAGGUUUGGUAGAGCUGGCAUCUCUACCCUGCAAAGUCGAGUUUGCAUCUGGCAGACUGUCCAAGUGUAUAGGAAUGAAUAAAGUAUGGAAGUAUUGCCAGAAAAAGGAAAGAAGAAACUGUACUACUCGGGGCAAGCCCAGAAGCUGCCCUGGCCGCUCCAGACCGUGUUUACUGUGUUCAUGCAUGUAGAAUGUAGCCCUUCCCGAAAAGAACACUCACUUCUAAAUACCUCGGGGCUGCCGGAGCUGCUGUGGGUUAGGGAUGGACCGAGAUGAGCCAAAGUGUGGGAUGAGACCUCAGGAGACAGACAGUGCACCAGGGGCCCAGCCCCAGGCCGCCCUGAGGUCUCCCAGUAGGAAGAGGAAGUCGCAUGUUUACCCAGUCCUGUUUCGCCAAUGCACUAUCCACCCACUUGACCAUGGAAAACCCCAGGGCUUGACGGCAGCCUGUGCCCAGGCUCCUCCAGGCCUUGCUGUCCACUCACCAGCAGCCCAGUGGUCUACACCAGGCCACAACGUGCAGUCCCGGGAUCUUCUGCACUCCGGCCCUCUGCCUCCUGUUCAUUUCGCAGAGAACUAUGACAUGCAUGGUGUUUUGGGUGGGGUGGGAGGGUGAAGGGUUGAUUCCUGGGACUCUGAGGGACCAUCACUGAAUUUUCCUGUUCAGUGUGACCAAGCCCCACCCGGAAAUGGCAUUUAGAACUGACAUCAGCAGGCACCGUUCCUGAACAUGCUGGCGGGUGAAUUGAUGCAUCCUGCCUACCACACACACGUACACACACCCCAUACCCUUCCAUGUUGAAUUUGCAGCAACCUUGCCAAAACCAACUAUACCACGAUGAGCUUGAUUCUGACUGUGACCCUGGCUUCAACCGGAUCAAGGCCAAAACCUUCCCUGGGCCCUCUGCUUCCCAGAACAUCAAAUCGUUGUUGGGGUCCAAAGACAAGGC